AUGGCGAUGACAACACGAGCGGGGAGGCUGCUGAGCCGUCGCACAGCUCUGCUUCGGCCAAGCAUACCGCUACGACCGGCCGCCUCGCACCUCCGUCCAUGGACUGCGAUCCGGCAGCUUUCAAAAACUACAUAUGGAUUAGAUAGCCCUGACGUCUUCCCUUCCAUGAAAGAAGGCCCUGGCGCCGACUUCCUCUCGACCUUCCGAACCACGACCACCAUCCCUCAAACGCUCACCGAGAAGAUCGUCCAGAAAUAUGCUGUCGAUAUCGCGCCUGGGAAAAUUCUCAAGUCUGGGGACUAUGUCUCCCUCAAGCCACAUCGAUGCAUGACGCAUGACAAUACUUGGCCAGUGGCACUGAAAUUCAUGUCUAUUGGAGCUUCCAAGAUCGACAACCCGGACCAGAUUGUCAUGACUCUAGACCACGAUGUGCAGAACAAGAGCGAGAAAAACCUCACCAAAUACCGGCAGAUUGAGGAGUUCGCCAGGAAGCAGGGCGUCCGAUUCUACCCUGCUGGCAGAGGCAUUGGCCAUCAGAUAAUGGUAGAGGAGGGCUAUGCUUGGCCAGGGACUCUCGCCGUGGCCUCGGACAGCCAUACGAAUAUGUACGGAGGCAUUGGAUGCCUGGGAACGCCCGUGGUGCGGACCGACGCAGCGAGUAUCUGGGCAACAGGCAGGACCUGGUGGCAGAUCCCACCUGUGGCCAAGGUGAACUUCACAGGAACUCUACCCGAAGGUGUCACAGGGAAGGAUGUCAUCGUAGCACUAUGCGGCCUUUUCAACAAUGAUCAAGUCCUGAACCAUGCCAUCGAGUUUACCGGAAGCCAAGAAACGCUCCGCAGUCUUCCUGUUGACCACCGGCUAGCUAUCGCGAAUAUGACCACCGAGUGGGGUGCUCUUACUGGCCUAUUCCCAAUCGAUGCCGUGCUUCACGGAUGGCUGCGGGCAAAGGCCACAGAAGCCGCCAUGUAUGAAUCCGAGUCACAGCUUAUCGACACCAGUGCGAGCAAGCAAUUCCAGCAUUCAGAAAUCGAUAAGCUUUUCAAAGCCACCGGGAUUGCAGGACAGCAAACUGGACCCAUAUUCACCCCGGCCCUCAGCGCGGACAAAGGUGCAACUUACGCCAAGGAGCUCUUCCUCGAUCUGUCGAGUCUUUCGCCCUACGUUGCCGGUCCUAACUCUGUCAAGGUCGCCACGCCUCUGAAGGACCUUCAAGCCCAGGAUAUCACUGUUAACAAAGCUUAUCUUGUUUCUUGCACCAACUCUCGUGCUUCAGAUAUUGCCUCAGCCGCCAAAGUGUUCAAAGAUGCUGCUGCGGCGAAUAAUGGCAAGAUUCCAAAAGUCCCUUCCCAUGUAAACUUCUAUAUUGCUGCUGCGUCUCUCCAGGAACAACGCGCAGCUGAGGAGCAGGGCGACUGGCAAAUUCUUCUUGAAGCGGGAGCGCAACCUCUACCAUCUGGAUGCGGACCUUGCAUUGGCCUUGGCGAUGGCCUUCUUGAGCCAGGCGAAGUCGGCAUCAGUGCUAGCAACCGGAAUUUCAAAGGUCGGAUGGGCUCCACGGAUGCCAAGGCAUAUCUCGCCAGCCCUGAAGUUGUAGCUGCUAGCGCACUUUCCGGGAAGAUUUCAGGACCCGGAUGGUACGAAGCUCCCGCUGACUGGGCUGGCGUGCAGCUCGGAGAAGGCGACGGUGUAAAAGAAGAAGACCGCAUGUUGACCAUUGAGGACAUGCUCGAGAAAGUCAUCAGACAAGCCGACGAAAUGAUCCAGUCGGCCGAGCCAGCUGAAGCUUCCUCUGCGUCUACCCUACCGACGGCCCCUGAGUCAGAAAGCCUUACGACCAUCCUCCCCGGAUUUCCCGAAAAGAUUGGCGGCGAGAUCGUCUUUGUGGAUGCCGAUAACAUCAACACCGAUGCCAUCUACCCGGGCAAAUACACAUACCAGGACGACGUUCCGCGCGACAUCAUGGCCGAAGUGUGCAUGGAGAACUAUGACACCACAUUCCGCUCAACCGCUAAGGCUGGCGAUAUCCUAGUCGCUGGCUUCAACUUCGGUUGCGGAAGCAGCAGAGAGCAGGCCGCUACCGCUAUCCUCGCUAAGGGCAUCCCUCUUGUAGUUGCUGGUAGCUUCGGCAACAUCUUCAGCCGCAACAGCAUCAACAACGCGCUUAUGGGCGUUGAGGUGCCGAAGCUUACGAACCGUCUCCGUGAGGUAUUCUCGGAGAAGGAGGUCUCGACAAACCAGCAGGAUAUAACCGAGCCAGAGAAGAACAGCGAUUCGCUAGACUCGUCGAAGCCGGGCCCAGUCGCUCAGCCUGCACAGGCGAAGCAGUUGACCCGCCGCACGGGCUGGACGCUCGAGUGGGAUGUCAAGAGGAGUAGGGUCAAUGUGCAAGAAGGCCCUGGAGGUGAGACGUGGAGUGUCAAGGUUGGUGAGCUACCGCCGAAUGUGCAAGAGAUUAUUGCGCUAGGUGGGUUGGAGAACUGGGUCAAGAAUAAGAUUGGGAUGAGCCAGGCUUAGAGGAGAUUGGUGGAGUUCAAAACAAAAAGGCGGGAUCAUUUGCAAUCAAGACGAGAAUGCAUGUAGUUAGUUGUUGUGCUUGUAUAUAGUAUACCCAUGUUUCAUUUCAGCAUCCCAUUUCUCCCAUUAGUCACUAGUACUAACCCAAGCUUAUCGAUUUUCU